UAAAAUACCAUGUUUUAAUAAAAAAGAAAUAAGAAAUUCAGUAUUUAGGAGGACUUCGGGUAGUUAGUGCAUCCUUAAAUCAUUGUUAUGUAGACGUUUGAUAAAAAUAUGACGAAGUAAGAAAGUGUUGACUGUCAAAAUGUAGUAUAAUUGGUAUUUUUGCAAAUGUCUUAUGUGGUUUUGUGAAGCUAAGGAUAAGUAAUGAGCGAACUUUUUGCGGUUGAGUCUAAGUCGGGGGAAAUAAGCAGUGACGAGGAGGAAGCUUUGUCAGAAUGCUCUGAGCCCGAGCCUGAGGAUGAGGAUUUGAUGUCACCACGGGUCAGGGCAUCCCGUGGAAUGCCUGUAGUGAGCAAGUCUUUCUGUGACUGUUUAAAGCGUGGGAGAGAAAAGUUCUGCAGAUGUGGAGAGGAAAAUACAAAGUUUGAGUGGGUUUGGGAUGAUGACACAAAAUCAGCAGCCAGCUGUAUUAAGGACGAUUCUCGGGAGGUGAUGUUUCACAUCGACUACAGUUGUGGGACAGCAGCAGUAAGGGGAACAAUGCCCAUGAAAAAUGACCAAUAUUUCUGGGAGAUAAAGAUGACCACACCAGUGUAUGGUACUGAUAUGAUGAUUGGUGUAUGCACUGGUGACUUGGACCUGGAUCAUUGUAGACAUGUUUUCUGCAGCAUGAUUGGAUUGGACAGCAACUCCUGGGGGAUCUCCUACACAGGACAGAUCCAGCACAAACAACUGAAGGAAUCCUACUCCAGCAAGUUUGGCCAGGGGGCCAUCAUUGGGGUCCAUUUAGACAUGUGGCAUGGAACUUUAUCAUUUUAUAAAAACAGAAAACCAUUAGGAAUAGCUUAUCAAGGUCUUCAGGGUCGAACGCUGUAUCCCGUUGUGUCGUCGACGGCAGCUCGAAGCGGCAUGAAAGUGAUCAGCAACAGUUCGUUCCCCACGUCCCUUCAAUUCAUGUGUUGUCAGAUCAUGCGUAAGGUCAUCCCCCCUCACCUUGAUGUUCUGGAGGAGGUGGGCCUGCCCCCAGGGCUCAGAGACUUUCUGGAGAACAAUGUGAGAUGGCUUCUUCAGCCCUGUCCCCCACAAAGUGCUAUCCCUAAAGACAAACCCGUUAAGAGACAGCAAGAGGAUUCAGAUUCUGAAGAAGGUCCCAGUACUAGUGCAAAAAGGUUAAAGACAUCGUAAGGAGUGUGUUUUUCACAAAGUUAUUGAGAUUUCUAAGGAAUAAAUCAAGAGUGAAAUGGCAUAUUUUUUGUUAAGAAUAACUACUGAUAGAGAUGAAAAACCUCUUGGGAUAUGUUGGUUGAAAGUAGAAAUGACUGAAAUUGGAUCAUUUAUAUUUUUCUUUUUUUGUUUAUUUAUCAAACUUCAAACCAUUGAAGAAUCACGUUUUUAUCCAUAUCCUUGUACGUUCAAUACCUUUACAUUAUACUCUGUAUAUUUUAACCAACAAUACAGGGAAACAAGUUUUUGUGAGUUGUGAUCCUUAAGAUUUGAAAGUCUACCAUACUAUAAAGGAUAUCUUUCUUUAUUUGCGAGAUUGUAGUGUGGGAUGGGUUGUCAGUAAUUUUAAGAGAAAAACUACAUGUAUAUACAGGAUAUCAUUAAUUCAAAUUUUGUUUCUCUUGUUAAAGCAUGCCGGUUCUUAAAUAUUAGCGUUUUUUAUAAGCAUAUUGACAGUUCAUUGUUGUUUAUGUUGUUCAAGACAACCUCACAUUAUGGAGUUGCAUGUAAAAGUCUGCCCACACUCAAGCUUAAGUGAACAUUGUAGAGUGAAAUGUGAUUACAUCAUGGGUAUCAAAGAUACCACGAGUAAGCAUUGUCGUAACUCGUCUAACUGUACAGCGUCGUAGAUUUAUUUAUGUACCUGUUCUCUGUAACGUGUAGAUCUUCUAAACAAGUCCUCAUGUACUAGCUAUGACACACUAUACAGAUAGAUCAGUGAACAGAGAAACGGAUGGCCAAGUAAAUGGUACAUUUAUGUAUCAUUUAUAAAUAAAUUUUAUUAUGUUAAGGUAAUAUUCAUAGUACAGGUAUAACUUGUAUUUUGAUGUUUAAUCUAAUAGUAGGGAUUGUUUGCCACCAUAUUUUCUGCAAUAUUAGGCAACAAUCACAAUGUAAUUUGUUUGCCCUGUCAUGACUUUUUGUUUAUGGUAGGUAGGGAAAUUAUAAAAAGUAAUUUUUUUCUUGAGAAAAAUUACAGUAACUUAGAAGCAUUUUGAUGAAACAAAAACAAUCUUUUUGUAAAUUCUGGUAGUGCUUGUAUAGAAAAAUAUCCCUGUUGGAUUUAUUUCAUGAAAGGGAGAGGGCACACAAAUAAGCAACACAUUUGUUAAGAUUUAUUUCUUUAAAAAACAUGGGUUUUUUUUUAAGAAAUAAAAGUUAGAACAUCAUUCAAGUGCAAAUUACUGGUAUUCAUGCAGUUGUGUCCGUAGUAAUGCCAGAAUAAGGCUUAUCUAGGAAUUUCAUGCGAAGCAUAACACCUUCUCGGUUGAAAGAUACUCGAAUCUUCAUAUGUAAUACUUAUGUUUUUGUCUUUAAAUAUGCAUUGCAUAUGGCACAAUUUACAUUUGGAUAUAGAAUGUAUAUGUAAAAUGUCUCUCUGUGUACCAAAAUACAGUGGUUAUUUUAUUGAUAUUUUUGCCAGAUUCAAUUUUUUUUUGGCAAUGCAUCAUGGAUCCACAAAUUGUUUUUUUUUUUUUUUAAUGUUAUGACUUUGUUGCUGCAAGUAAUACUUGUCAAUUUUUUAAAACUGAUUUUUUUUUUUUUAAAUAAAUGUCUGAAGAGUUUUGA